GUUCGAAUCACAGCCAUGUCUUCCAGAGCGUGGCAGAACCCGUAUGUGAAUGUGUUCAAACACAUGCGGAUAGACGAGUGGAAGAAAGCCAGUCGAGAAGGAGAUGUAACGUCUUACACGGACAAAACGCUGAAGUGUCCCGUGUAUCGUAUCCGCGGUUCCGUCCCAGCCAGUAACUACAUCCUCCUGCCCAAGAGCGGGUCCCAGUCGCUGGGUCUGACGGGCCGAUACGUCUACUUCCUGUUCAGACCCAGUCCAGGAAACCACUUCACAGUGCACCUGGACGUCGCCUCACAGGAGGGCCAGGUGAUCCGUGUGUCCUUCUCCAACCUGAUGAAAGAGUUUAAGGCCACGCCCACCUCACUGCAGUUUCCGUUUAUCUGUGCCGCUGCACACGGCUCUGUGUAUGAUAGCACAGCCAAGACUGCCAAACACGGGUUGGUGGGGUGUGCUCCAGCGAGUGUGCGAUGGACGUGUAUGGUGAUGGACCUUCGUUCCGUUCUGUCUGUUUACCUGAAUAAACAGUAUUCACACCUGAAGAGUGUGAAACUCUGUUCCAACAUGACCAUCAAAAACAUCAUGACCAGUGACCUGCUACUGGACCCCAGCGUGUCAUACUCUGAGUUUCGUCACUCUGGUGUGUCACUGGGUGAGGGGUGGGCAGCGAUGCCCAGAGAGAUGAGUUUCCCUGUGCCCGCUGGUAGCAGCUGGCAUCAGCUCUACCAUCACGUCAGGUUCCCGUCUGAUGGUGGGAAGAUGCCAUUCGACUCCAUACAGAAAGGGCACGGAACACCAGCUAUCAAGUGUGUUGCUGAUGUGACACAGAGAGAGGAGAGUCGUAGUGUGUGUGUCAGUAAACCAGUGCAGGACAGAGUCUCCCUCAUACAACAGAUCACCACUCCCAAACCUUGUCCCAGAUGGCCUUCCAAGCUUUUGACCCCCAGUUUGCCUGAGCUGACCUCAGCUCCAGUGCGGGACAGAGGGGGGCAGGGGUCACCAGGUGAAAGGUCAGAAGGAGAGCAGGAGUGUGAGAAGGACAAAGAGGUCUGUGUGUGUGUCCACCAUGACGGCCAUGUUUCCUCACACACCUCUGACAGUCAUGACCAGCUUAAUGUGGUGUGUAUGACUGUUUCUCGUCCUGUGUCACUUUCUUCAGUCAGAUCAGCAAGAGAGAUACAGAAACUACACCCUGAUCCCAUACUGAAGCUCAACAGGAUCAUUGGCUUUGGAGGAGCAACAACUAAAUGUGUGGUGUGGAGUCGGGAUGGAGAGGAGGUGGUUUAUCCGUGUCAUGCGAUUGUUGUCAGUAUGAAGAUCUCCUCUGGCCAGCAGCGUUUCUUUAUCGGACACACAGAUAAGGUGUCUGCCCUGGCGUUAAAUGGUAGUGGUUCUGUUUUGGCGUCGGUUCAGACAGGAAGUAACAGUCUACUGCGUCUAUGGAGCUUCAGGAAGCGACACUGUCUUGCCAUGAUUAACACACACACACACACACUCAACACACUCAGCUUCUCUUACAGUGGAGGAGUUUUGUGUGGAGUUGGCAAAGACAACCACCAUAAAACAAUGGUUAUUGUAUGGAACACUGAACAUGUGACCAAAGGGGGCGUGGUCUCUGUUUUGGCCAAAGCUCACACAGACGCCGACGUGCAGUCAAUGAAGAUUGCCUACUUUGAUGACACAAGAAUGGUGUCGUGUGGCAGUGGUAAUGUGCGGUUGUGGCGUGUUCGUGGCGGUUCUUUGCGGUCCUGCCCUGUGAAUCUGGGUCAGUACCAUAACCUGGACUUCACUGAUCUGGACUUUGAGGACGGCCUGAGCCCAGACGAGGAAGCUGACUCUCGCACACUGUUUGUCAGCAGUCAGAGUGGUCACAUUUUGGAGAUUAACUAUGUUGCCGUGACGAUAAGCAACGUCCGCAGACUUCUCCCAGCUCAGAUAAGCCACGCCCACCGGAGAGAAAAACAAACCUUCACUACAGGUCCAGGCAUUGCUGUGAACAGUAUCAGUGUGUGUUCUGCAUUUUGUGCGACGGGUUCAGAGGACGGAUUUCUGCGGCUCUGGCCUCUGGACUUCUCAUCUGUCUUCCUGGAAGCGGAACAUGAGGGGCCGGUCAAUGUAGUGUCCGUCUCCACAGACGGCCUGAGUGUUCUGGCUGCUACCAGGACAGGGAAUCUUGGGUAUUUGGAUGUGCGUAGCCAUGGUUACAACACUCUUAUGAGGUCACACACGGAGCCAGUGCUUGGCUUCAGUAUAGAUGGGAUUCGCAGACGUGUUACCACGGCAUCCAGAGAUGGAACCGUCCGAGUAUGGGACAUGGAGACUCUGCAGCAGCUGUAUGACUUUGUGUCAGAUGAUGUGCCCUGUUGUGUGGGGUUCCAUCCCAGUCAGCCUGUGUUUGCCUGCGGCUCAGACUCUGGAACUCUGAGAGUGUUUGACAUCAACACGUCCAGUCUUCUCGCACAGCACCGACAGCACACAGGCUCCGUGACUGGGUUGGUGUUUUCUCCUGAUGGAGAGCGUCUGUACAGUGCCUGUUCCCAUGGUUACCUGGUCCUCUAUGACUCUUCCCAUCCGGAAUACCAAAUCUCACAGGUCCUGGGUAAUGUUGUGGCGCGGGGGACAGAGCGAGGACCGGAUGCCAUGGCGAUCAGCUCUGACGGAGACCGUCUGGCAUUUGUGGGGCCGUCGGAGUUCACCGUUACCGUCAUGGCCGCGCGCUCUCUGGAAGAGUUGCUGCGGGUGGAUGUAAGUAUUUUGGACCUUGAGAGUCCUUCGCUGGACUCGGCAGUGAGCGUCACCUUCUCUCCGUCAUCUCUAGGCCACCUGCUCAUCACCACCUCAGCCAAUAAGAUUCUCUGGAUCGACACAGCGACAGGGCGCCUUCUGAGAGAAGUAUCUGAGGCCCAUAAGGGUGUUUGUUGUUCUCUAGUGGUGAGUGAAGAUGGCCGUUAUUUACUCACUGCAACACAGAAUACUGUUAAAGUCUGGGACUACAGCCUGACACAGUACAUCAACUCACAGGUGUUUAUUGGCCACUCUGAGCCUAUCAGACAAGUGAGUUUCACACCUGACCAGAUGGGUGUGGUUUCUGUAGGCGACGCCCUCUUUUUCUGGGACUUCCUAGCCCACCCACUGGAGACAGGAGCAUGCUCUCUCAGUGCUCCUGCUGUCCGGGUCUCCCCUCCUAAACCAGGCUGUGAUGAGACAGUUCUCACAGGACUGCGUCUGUCCAAUGGGACACCACGUCAGGCCGUGCCCCUCCCCUCAUCCCCUCCACGCCUGGGAGUGAGCCCCACGCUGAGAGCAGAGGGAGUGCCGCCCAGUGUCCUCUCCAGCCCCUCCCCUGCACCUGGCCUCUCCACUGUCUUAAAGGUCACAGAGAGGUCAGGGUGUGGGGACUCAUCUAGUCUUUUAGCCAAUCAGGCGAGCGGAGAAGAAAGGGUUGAGGAUCCAAAACCAGUCCGACCAGACUGUUAUAAACACUUCACUCCACGUUAUAACAUCUCCACACCAGACCAGAGUGUUGUGGCUCCACCUCCAGGACAAGGGGGCUUGAAUUUGAAGGCUGUGAUUGGCUACAAUGGCAAUGGGCGUGGCAAUUUGGUUUGGAACCCAGACACAGGGCUGUUUGUGUACUCCUGCGGAUGUGUGAUAGUUGUGGAAAACUUACACACUGGCUCUCAGAGACAUUGGCUCAAACACACUGAAGAGAUAUCCACGCUAACUGCCACCCAUGACGCACAGACGGUGGCAUCUGCAGCAAAGGGUGGGGCCACAUCCCAGAGCCUGAUUUGCAUAUGGGACGUGCAUGACGGUUCGUGCAGGAAGAGUCUUCAUCACCAUAAAGGGGCGGUGCAGAGCUUGGCCUUCUCUCGGGACGACCGAUACUUCCUGUCUGUGGGUGACUAUGAGGACCUGUCUGUGGCUCUGUGGAGGGUGGGGAGUUUUGACCUGCUGGUCAGCGUCACCGUUCCUGUUCCACUGCAUGAUGUCAUGUUCUGCCCCAGCAGAGAUGCCACACUGGCCUGUGUGGGCACCAGUGCCAUCUUCUUCUGCAAAAUACACACACAGGGCAACCACACUCAGCUACAGGUUCAGCAGAUGGGUGUGGCCAAGGAGCUGGAGGGGGUGGAGCUUACAGCACUAUGCUACGACAUUGACUCCCUUCUCUACACAAGCACAAACCAGGGAUGUGUGUGUGUGUGGGACUGCACCACGAAACGCUGCUUCAUGACCUGGGAGGCAGAUGAGGGCGAGAUUGGUGUGAUGCUUUGUCGUAGUAACAGGCUGUUGACUGGUGGGAAUAGUAAGAGGCUACGCCUGUGGUCUUUGGCCAAGUUUCACCCUCAGAACAAAGACACAGCAAACAGCACACACAGGAAUGGGCAGGUAUUACUGGAGCAGGAGCUGCUAUUGGACGGGACCAUUGUGAGUGCUGUGUUUGAUGAUGUCAUGGCCAUGGGCAUCGUGGGUACAACAGCGGGAACACUGUGGUACAUAAACUGGGCAGACAGUACCAGUAUACGGCUCAUCAGUGGACACAAGAGCAAGGUAAACAGUCUGGUGUGUAGUCCGGAUGAGCGUCACUUCGUCACCUGUGGGCAGGACGGCAGUGUGAGGGUGUGGGCGUUGCCUAGCAACGAGCUGUUGGUACAGUUUCAGGUGCUGAAUCAGAGCUGUGAGUGUGUGUGUUGGAGCGGACCAGGUGGUGAGAGUGUGUGUGUGGCGGGAGGCUACAGUGACGGAACAGUCCGGAUCUUCAGCCUGAACACAGCAGAGAUGCAUCUGAAACUCCACCCUCAUCCUCGAGCCGUGGGCGCCAUACAGUACUCCGUCCACGGUGAGGUGUUGUUGUCUGGAGGUCAGGACGGUGUGAUUGUGAUCAGCAGCCCAGUGACUGGAGCGGCUGCACACAUCAUAAAUGACCACAAGGGGGCAGCAAUCACUGGCAUACAGUGUGUCAGCAAGCAGUACAAGGAGUUUGGUCUGGAAGGGAAUGAACUGUGGUUGGCUGUGAGCGCAGAUAGGCGGGUCAGUGUCUGGGCGUCUGAUUGGACCAAAGACAAAUGCGAACUACUGGAUUGGCUGACAUUCCCUGCUCCUGCCCCUCCUGAGGAUGCAGACACUCUGCCUCCCAGCCUGGCUGUGUUUAGUCCGUGUGAGAGAGGUGUGGUGGUUUACACUGGCUAUGCUGUGGACAAACAGAUCACCUUCUACUGCCUGAGAAAAAAACAGGUUUUACGGACAGUGUCUCUGACCAGUUGGGCCCUUUGUCUCAGUGUGUGUGCUGAUCAGCCUGUGGUGACUGUCGGCUCAAACCAGCGUGUUCUGACGUUAAUCCACUGGGCCACGGGGCGUCGUGAAGAUUUCUGUUGUCACGGUGAUUCUGUUCAACGCUGCAGCUUCUCACUGUCAGGACACCAGCUCUUCACCAGCGCACACAGUGAAGUUUUUAUAUGGGACACACGGCGGAUAUAA